AUGACUCUUAAAUUAGGAGAUUUUGGACUAGCGACUAAACUAGAAAAUGAUUAGGAAAAAAAAACUACUAUUUGUGGAACUCCUAAUUAUAUUGCGCCAGAAAUUCUAGAAGGAAAAGAAGGACAUUCAUAUGAAGUUGAUAUUUGGUCUUUAGGAGUUAUUAUAUAUACACUUUUAAUAGGCAAACCUCCUUUUGAAACUAAAGAUGUAAAAACUACAUAUAAGAAAAUUAGAUAAAAUAAUUAUUGUUUUCCAGAACAUAUAUAAAUAUCUGAAAAUGCUAAGUCUUUGAUUUAGAUUAUUUUGAAUUUAAAUCCUUUAAAAAGGCCUAGUAUGUAUGAAAUACUAUAACAUCCUUUUAUGGUAGAUGUUGAUAAGUUUCCUUAGACUCUGCCUGUGUAUACUCUUUCAGUUCCUUAUAAGGAAAGAAUAGGUAAUAAACAUUCUUACUCUUAGAAUAAUUUAAAGGCUAAUUUAUUGGAAAAUGGAAAAAUUAAUACAGAUAAUAAUAAUAAUAAUUUUGGAAAUAUGAGAACUUAAAGUAUUAAAAGUAUACCUAAUAAUAAAAACUUAAAUAAGUAGUAUUCUUAAUAAUAAAAUAAUAAUAAUUAAAAUUAGAAUUAAAAUUUAAAAAAUACUAAUAUUGCUAUAUAGGCAGCUUCUGAUAUUUGGGUUAAAUAAUGGGUAGACUAUUCAAAUAAAUAUGGGUUAGGGUAUUUAUUAUCAAAUGGUUCUUGUGGUGUAUUUUAUAAUGAUUGCUCGAAAAUUAUAAUGGAUUAAUCAGCAUUAUUUUUAGAGUAUUAUGAAAAAGUCUAGAAUUAAAAAUAAGAUAAGUUAACAGUUUAUAAUAUAAAUAAUUACCCGUAAGAAUUGAAUAAGAAAGUGACUUUGCUUUAGCAUUUUAGAAGCUAUUUGGAGAGCUAAAAUAGUGAUUAAGGGGAUGGGUUGAUGAA